AUGGUGUACACCAAGGACUUUACUUGGGUCCAUUUCAUUAAAAGCUUUAUUGAAAAUGAAAGAAAACCAACAAUUUUAAUAUUUUGUGAUCUGUGCUGGGACAAAUAUCAAAUAGUGAGUUUAGUAAACGCAGUAUCAAAUAGUGGCAUCAGAUCUUCUACCGCAAUGGAUGAAAGAUCAAAUUAUUAUCACCAUGACUUGCUUUACUUAUUGGACUUGGACUGCCCAAAUGUUGCAGAAAUUAUUGCUUUGGCAUCCGCUAAUAGUCUGUUCAGUUCGCCAUAUCGCUGGUUGGUUAUCACUUCUCGGGCAAAUAAUACAAAUAUAGAUCUGCUCUAUACCAGCCCUAUUUUACCUGAUAGUGAUCUAGUGUUGGCUGAGAGAACUGGAAACUUGGUGAAGUUAACUGAAUUCUACAAAAUAUCUCCCAAUGGCUCCAUGAUAUCGACUCCCCGUGGCUACUACAACGGCAGCGUGAUGGACGUGCGUGCGCACCGCGAGCUGUAUCGCCGCCGGCGCGACAUGCGGGGGCACGCUAUCACUAUGUCCAACGUCAUCCAGGACAGCAACACUACUCGUCUGCACCUACCCAGGGAGGAUAGACUAGAGCCUGAAUACGACUCAAUAGCAAAACUCUGUUGGAUGGGCGUGAGACUAGGGCUUGUCAUGCUGAACGCUACCCCGGUGUACAUAUUUAGCAACCGAUGGGGAUACAAGGUAGAUGGCCAGUGGUCGGGGAUGAUCGAUGACGUGUAUUCUGGAAGGGCUGAACUGGGUACAAACUUGGUUAUAACAGAAGAGCGUCUGGAAGUGGUCUCCUACACGGAUAGUUUAGCUCCAUUCCAAGUGCGUUUCAUAUUCCGUCAGCCUCCGUUACCGUACGUCACGAAUAUAUUCACCAUGCCAUUCUCUACUAACGUUUGGGUUGCGAUGUUUGUCUGUGCUAUACUUGGUACAAUAACUGUGUAUUUGGCUGCGAAAUGGGAAGCUAAAGGGAGGAAGGGUCAAACGCAAGUGAACACCAUUGGUGAUGCAUUACUGCUGACGGUUAGCGCUAUUGGUCAACAAGGCUGUGCUAUGGAACCUAGAAAACUUUCAGGUCGCUUGAUGGUGUUCGUGCUGUUCACGGCGCUGAUGGCGCUGUACGCGGCGUACUCCGCCAACAUCGUGGUGCUGCUGCAGGCUCCCUCCGACUCCAUCCGCAGCCUGCCGCAGCUCGCCAACGCUAAGAUCACGCUCGCAGCCAAUGACGUCGAUUACAACCAUUUCGUUUUAAAACCGUACAAUGACGAUGUGCGGAAGAAUAUUUAUAGGAGAAUUGAUCCGGAGAAGGGUCAGAAACAUUAUUACAAUCUUCAAGAGGGAGUCGAAAGGAUCAGACAGGGUCUAUUCGCAUUCCAUUCAAUCGUGGAGCCAGUAUACAGACAAAUAGAGGAUACAUUCCUGGAGAAUGAAAAGUGUGACCUGAUGGAAGCGGACUUCUUGAACAACUUCGAUCCCUUCGUGCCGGUGAGGAAAGGGUCUCCGUACUUCGAACUGUAUCGAGUCGCUUUCAAACAAGUUCGUGAGUCCGGUCUACAAUCAGCUCUGUCGAAGCGAUUGCAAGUCUCCAAGCCUCAUUGCACGACCAAGAUGUCCUCGUUCAGCAGUGUGGGGCUGAUGGACAUGCGGCCCGUCCUCAUACUGAUGCUGUAUGGCGUCUGUUUGUCCGUGAUCAUCUUAUUUGGAGAAAUCGUCGUGUUUAGAUUAACUGUUCCUCAACAAUAGCACAAAAGACUAACCUGCACAGCAUAAUCAUCGAAGCUGGGACCGACGGGCACAACACAG